AUGAAUCUCCCUUUUAGAAUAAAAUGCCCCGUUAGAGCGUUCCAUGUGGCUCGUCAAAUGCUCAACAGUGGUGUUAAUUCACAGGAUUCAUUUCUCAAGCAGGGCCCGAAUAUAAAUCUGAAUCAUAACGUUACAGGAAUUGAAAAACUACCUGAAGAGCUUAUUUCUGAAGGUAAUGGCUUCGAGUCUACCACUGCAGAGAAUCAAAUAGACACACUGAGAUGUUACGAGAAACUGCUUCGAAGUGGAUUCACUCCAAAGCAAAGUUCCUUGGCCAUUGAGUUACUAGUCCAUACCCUGAACGAAGAAUUCUUCGACCAGUACAAUCAAAAAUUCCUCCAGAAAACGGAAUUAGACACUCAGUCACAUAUGUUCAACGCGGCAGAGGCUGAACUUCGAUAUGCGGUUCAGAUUUCACGGGAGAAGGCUUUGAAUGAACAAAAUCUUAAACUGUUGCAGCUGAACCGUAGCUUGCAUUUACUACACGACGAACUGAACGAACAGAUGAUUAACCUACUAAAGAAAGAUUCCAAGGUGGAUUUUAACGAUCAUAAAAUAGAAAACACUCUGCUGCACCGCAACAUCCAUUUGAAAUUAAAAGACUGCAACCAUAAAAUAGGGACACGAAUUAUUGGAGACACCAAAUCAGAUAUCGAGAACUUGAGAUGGCACACGACAAGGAGUGGUCUUUUUGCCGUGCUAGGUUUGGUGUUUUUCAUCAUGAGCGGCGUUAGUAUAUCCAAGCGAAUAACUACUGAAAAUGAAAAGCCCGUGGAAGUUGUCCUUCACACAAUUGAACCCGAGGAGGAUUUACACGCAGGUGAUGAGCUGGAGGUCGAAUAA